AUGAUGCUCACACAGGACUCGUUGCCGCUGAUUGCGACACUUAGUGGUGUUUCACUCCAUACUUUCGUAUACAGGUUUGGGGAAUGGGACACGACUUCUAUGCUCCUGGUGCAAAUAUAUACCUUCAUCUUUGUGGGCGGCAACUUAACAGCUUACCUUGAUUUACUGACAUGGACUGGGCUCAGACUCUCGCCCGCGGCUUUCUGGAGCCUCUUUUGCUACCAUAUCUUGGGUAUCUACUGUAGCAUGCUCGCUUAUCGAUUAUUGCUCCAUAGGCUCCGCAGGUUUCCUGGCCCAUUCUUUGGCCGUCUGACGAAUUUCUAUGCGACGACAUUAACAGUGAAUCUACAGAAGCCUCAAGAAGUCCAAAAGCUUCAUCGUGAAUAUGGCGACUACGUCCGGUUGGGUCCUGGCCAUCUAUCCAUUGCAGAUCCAGAGGCAGUGCAGGUAAUAUAUGGUACCCAGUCUCCUGUGACCAAAGGCCCGUGGUAUACAGUACUGGAACCGCGCGUACCUCUCGUCAUGGUGAGGGAUAAGCAAGAGCAUGCACGCCGGCGGAAGGUUUGGGAUCAGGGGUUUAGCACCAAAGCACUCCGCUAUUACGAGCCCAGAGUAUCAAAAUACACCGACAAUCUUCUCCAAGUCAUUCAUAAAAACGCCGGGAAGCCGAUAGAUGUCGCCCGGUGGUUCAUGUAUUUUUCCUUCGACGUCAUGGUCGAUCUUUCCUUUGGCAAAGCUUCUAACAUGCUGGUUGAUGGGAAAGAAUCCUACAUUCUGCGGACAAUCCGCACAGACAUGGCCAAGAUUGCUUAUUUCAGCCAUUUGGCUUGGCUUUUCCCGUUUACCAAAAGACUGCCAUUUUUGAACGGCAACCUCCUCCGCCUUUGGCGAUGGAUAGCUGAGCAAGUCUCCGAGAGGGCUCAGUGCGAACCUGAACGACCCGACGUCUUUUCUUGGAUUCUUAAUCAUUACCGCCAGGGACCCAAGUCACACCAAGACACACUGAAUCUACACGGGGAUGCCCAUCUGAUAGUCGUGGCCGGAAGUGACACUGUAUCUACAACACUCACCAACCGGUUUCAGUCUCCCAAUCCGUCCGGCUUACAGCGUGUCACGCCUGCGGAAGGCCUGUCGAAUGGCGACAAGUUCAUACCCGGAAACGUCAUUGUACAGGUCCCUACGUACACUGUGUAUCGAGACAGUCGCGCAUUCGAGCGCCCAGAAGAAUUCAUUCCCGAACGAUGGACAACUCGCUCCGAGCUUGUGAAGGAUCGCUCUGCUUUUAUUCCGUUCGGCUUAGGACCCUACUCAUGCGUCGGGAAGCGACUCGCUUGGAUGGAACUGCGACGCGUCAUUGCCGUGAUACUCCAUAGUUAUGAUGUUGCUUUAGCGCCAGGGCAAUCGGCCAAGGCCUUCUGGGAGGGCCAGAUGGACACUUUUACGCUUGUGACGCCGCCGUUGGAAUUGGUGUUUACGGAGAGGGAACAUGUUUAAUACAACUAGAGUUAGUCUCGGUAGACUACAUGAUUGUGCUCUCAAUUUUCAAUGUGACUCUGGGUAACAGGGUCAACCUUGAUCGUGUUUGGCACAAGUGCUGCUCCAGGUUGG